UUGGAUCCGACAAUCAAUAUCAUUUCAUUCCCCUCAUAUCUUACCAAUCAGCAACCUCAACUCCAAACCUCAAAAACCAAAAAUGGAGGACGAUAAUCAACCAACGGUGGCUGGCAGACGGCGAAGCCGAGGUUCAAAUGCCGCAACAUCUGCUAGAUCUCAAGCCCUAGAACGCCUCAAAGCGCUCCGACGCGGUGAAAGUCGUCCUUCUUACGACAUCAAAAUCGACGCUCCAAUUUACGACACGGUUGAUGAAGAUGAGUACAAAACCCUAGUUGCUAAACGGCGUGAAGAGUUCAGUGAUUUCAUUGUCGGCGAUGUAAAUGACGGCUAUAUUGAUGAUGGUGAGGAGGAAGAUUGGACGAAAGCUGGACUUUCGUUUUCAUCUGAUGAAGAAGAUGGUGAAGAAGGGGAGAAAAUUAAGAAGAAGAAGAAGGAGAAAGUUGAGAAGGAAAAGAAACCUUCGGCUACCGCGAAUGCACUUUCUGCUGCUGCUGCUAUGAUGGGUAAACAACGGAUUUCGAAAAUGUUUACUACUUCUGUGUUUAAGAAGAGAAAUGAAGAAAAGAUAAGUUGUGAUAGUGUUGUCGAUGAUAUUAUAGCUGAGUGUAUGCCAGAUGAUGUCGAUCGUGAACGGAGGAGAAGACCCCAAUCAAAAAAUUUAGGGUUAGGGGUAGGAUUUGGGAUUAAUAAGGUUGAUGAGAAACCUGUUAAUAAUUGUUAUAGGAAGACUGAUGAUGUUUUAAAUUGUGGUUUAGCUAAAACAAUUGAGGAAAUUAACGAUAAGGUAUGUGUAGAGAAGAAUAUGAAUGAUUUAGGUUUAUUAGAUGAUGAAAUGAAGGAAUUCGAGCACAGAGAUAUGAAUGAGAAGGUAGAAAGUGUGGUUGAGCUUAAAGACGAACCAGUUUUGAAGGAAGAAGAACAGCAAGUUUUUGCCUUUAAUGCUAAGAUCAAGGAGGAGAAGAUUCAGGCUUACAGCGCAGCGGUUGAGUGGCAAGCGAUUAGCAAUGCAAGAGAAGGAAAUGGUGAAGGGGUUAAGCCUGUUGAAUCGGGCGAAGAAAAACCAAAUUUUGUAUUGGAGAGUGACGGGUCCUUGCCUUUCUAUAUAAUUGAUGCUUAUGAAGAGAUAUAUGGGGCAAAUUCUGGGACAAUUUAUCUAUUUGGCAAAGUUAAAGCAGGAAACGCAUACCAUAGUUGCUGUGUUGUUGUAAAGAAUAUGCUGAGGUGUUUAUAUGCUAUUCCGAGUAGUUCGGUUUUUCAUAAUGAAGUCGUCUUAAAGCUCGAAAAGGAUGCUGCUGAUAAUAAGAUUUCAGCUACUGAAUUCCAGACCAAGCUUCAUGAAGUGGCGUCCGGGUUGAAAACUGAAGUGGCAAAACAUUUGAUGGACCUCAAUGUUUCCACAUUUAGUAUGGCGCCUGUUAAGAGGAGUUAUGCGUUUGAGCGGUUUGACAUACCUCAUGGGGAGAACUAUGCGCUUAAGAUCAAUUAUCCAUUCAAGGACCCUCCACUACCAUCACACCUCAAGGGAGAUACCUUGUUUGCAUUGUUUGGGACUCACACAAGUGCCUUGGAACUUUUUCUGGUCAAGAGAAAAAUAAAGGGACCAUCUUGGUUGUCAAUAUCUAAAUUUUCUAGCUGCUCUUCUCAUUCACGGGUAAGCUGGUGUAAGUUUGAGAUAAUUGUUGAUUCUCCAAAGGACAUCCAGGUGUCAACUUCCACCAAGAAUACUGUAGAAAUUCCUCCGGUGAUAGUAACAUCAAUUAAUCUGAAAACCAUUAUUAACGAGAAACAAAAUAUCAAUGAAAUUGUUUCAGCAUCCAUCAUUUCAUGUAAUAAAGUGAAGAUUGAUACUCCAAUGUUGGGUUCUGAGUGGAAAAGACCUGGUGUUCUUAAUCAUUUCACUGUUGUAAGGAAGCUCGAUGGAGGUAUCUAUCCUGUGGGGUUCACUAAAGAAGCUGCAGAAAGGAAUUUAAAGGCAGGCAACACUGUACUUACUUAUGCAAGCAGUGAAAGAGCGUUGUUGCUCCUCCUAAUGGCAGAGUUGCACAAGUCAGACAGUGAUGUUCUUGUAGGCCAUAAUAUAUCUGGAUUUGAUCUUGAUAUUCUUCUCCACAGAGUUCAGGCAUGUCGAGUGUCAAGUAGUGUGUGGUCUAAAAUAGGCCGUCUCAAGAGAGCGACAAUGCCUAAAUUGACUAAAGGAAGCUCUGUUUUUGGAUCAGGAGCAAGUCCAGGAAUAAUGUCCUGUAUUGCUGGUCGCCUCUUGUGUGACACAUACUUGUGCUCUCGAGACCUUUUAAAGGAGGUGAGCUACUCACUGACACAGCUAGCAAAGUCGCAGCUGAACAAAGAUCGGAAGGAGAUUGCACCAAAAGAUAUUCCUGAAAUGUAUCAAACAACUGAAUCUCUGGUUGAUUUGAUAGAAUGCAAUCAGACAGAUGCAUGGUUGUCUCUAGAACUCAUGUUCCACUUGAGUAUUCUUCCACUUACUCGUCAACUAACUAAUAUAAGUGGCAACCUAUGGGGAAAAACUCUACAAGGAGCUAGAGCCCAGCGAGUGGAAUAUCUUCUCUUACAUGCUUUCCAUGCAAAGAAGUAUAUAGUUCCUGACAAAAUUUCUUCUCGUGGAAAGGACCAUAAAUUGACAAAACGCAAAACAGACAAUGAUGGUAAUAUUGAUGUAGAUAAUGUAUAUGAUGAAAUUGAGGCUCCACAAGAAGAUCGUGGAAAAAGUAAGAAAGGGCCUGCAUAUGCUGGUGGAUUGGUUUUGGAACCCAAAAAGGGUCUAUUUGACAAAUAUGUUCUGCUCCUGGACUUCAAUAGUCUUUAUCCUUCUAUCAUUCAGGAAUACAAUAUCUGCUUUACAACAGUUGAAAGGUAUCCUGAUGGAUCCGUUCCACGUAUGCCCUCGAGUGAGAAAACAGGAGUUUUGCCUGAGCUGCUUAAAAAUUUGGUUGAGAGGCGUCGAAUGGUGAAAUCUUGGCUGAAGACAGCAUCAGGCCUCAAGGCUCAACAAUUUGACAUACAACAACAAGCACUUAAGCUCACAGCAAAUAGUAUGUACGGCUGCCUGGGUUUUUCCAACUCAAGAUUUUAUGCUAAACCACUUGCAGAACUUAUAACUCUACAAGGAAGAGAGAUUUUGCAAAGUACUGUUGAUCUUGUGCAGAACAUUUUGAACUUAGAGGUUAUUUAUGGUGAUACGGAUUCAAUUAUGAUUUAUAGUGGACUUGAUGAUAUUGCAAAAGCCAAAGCUAUUGCUGGAAAAGUUAUCCAAGAGGUUAAUAAGAAAUAUAGGUGUUUGGAAAUUGAUCUGGAUGGGCUGUACAAGAGAAUGUUGCUUCUCAAGAAGAAAAAGUAUGCAGCUGUCAAAUUGCAAUUCAGGGAUGGUACACCAUACGAGGUAAUUGAACGUAAGGGUCUUGAUAUGGUGCGACGCGAUUGGAGCUUGUUAUCGAAGGAACUUGGAGAUUUCUGCCUUAGUCAAAUACUUUCUGGAGGAUCAUGUGAGGAUGUUGUGGAGGCAAUACAUAGUUCUCUUAUGAAGGUGCAAGAGGAGAUGCGGAAAGGAGAAGUACCUCUUGAAAAAUACAUCAUUAGAAAGUCAUUGACAAAACCACCUGAAGAUUAUCCUGAUGCCAAAAAUCAACCUCAUGUCCAGGUGGCAUUGAGACUGAAACAGAAUGGUUAUUCUUCUGGAUGCUCUGUAGGGGACACUGUUCCUUAUAUUAUAUGCUGUGAGCAGGGAACCAGUCUAGCAACUUCUGGUGGUAUUGCUCAGCGAGCUAGACAUCCUGAUGAACUUAAAAGAGACAACUCCCAAUGGAUGAUUGACAUUGAUUAUUACUUGUCCCAACAGAUUCAUCCUGUAGUUUCACGAUUGUGCGCAUCCAUCCAGGGUACAGAUCCUGCACGUCUGGGUGACUGUCUAGGGCUUGAUUCAUCUAAGUUUCAAAGUAAAUGUAGCCACAUCAACAGCAAUGAUCCUUCAAGCUCACUGUUAUUUUCUGUCAAUGAUGAAGACAGGUAUCAAAACUGUCAACCUCUAUCAUUAUCUUGUCCAACUUGCUUUGAGACGCUUAAAUGCCCAAGCAUCUUUAGUUCUCUCUACAAUACAAUUGCUGAAAAGCCUAAUGAGGCUAAACCAGAAGAAUCUACUUCUAACUUCUGGCAGAGAUUGCGAUGCCCUAAGUGCCCAGAGGAAGGAGAUGUUGGUCGAAUAUCUCCCGCGAUGAUUGCCAAUCAGGUCAAGAGGCAAGCAGAUGGUUUCAUUUCAACGUAUUACAGGGGUCUAAUGACGUGUGACGAUGUAACUUGCAAGUACACUACCCGUAGCUUAAACUUGCGGGUGAUAGGUGAUUCUGAGAGGGGAACUAUCUGUCCAAACUAUCCUCUUUGUAAUGGUCAUCUUGAAAGAGAGUAUUCCGAGGCGGAUCUUUAUAAGCAGCUCACAUAUUUCUGCCACAUAUUGGAUACAGUUCGUUGCAUUAAAAAGGUGGAUGCUGCUGCAAGACUAUCCCUCGAAAAGGAGCUCAUAAGAAUACGAACCAAGGUUAAUUUAGGGGCUGCUCUCGCGCAGAAGUUGCAAGAUCGCUGUGCCUAUGGAUGGGUUCAGCUGAAUGACCUAUUUGUCACACUAUGAAGUUUCUGGCUUACCAUUUACUGCUAGUAGCUAAUUAAUAUUUGUGAAUAAGAUGUGCAUAUAAUUUUCUUGUGGUUAUGUAAGUUGAUAGGUUUAGAUGGGUAGAUAAGUUGGCUAUGCUAAAGUGUGGAACACUAGAUGGAACCAAAUCUGUCCCAUAAAUAGUUUUCACGUCGACCACAUUUUGGGUAUACACCACCCUGUAAGUUUUUAAAUGCAAAACGUUGGCAAUUAAGUGUUACAUAUUUUUUUUUUCUUGUUCA